AUGGUUGUCAAUGCCAUGGCCUCUAGUGCUACCCCACUGGCCUCAGCUGGUGGUCCCCCGACCUCAAGCUCGAGUUCGACGAGCUCAAGAUCAAGUGCUGCUAGCGCAGUGAGUUAUUGUGGUGCUGGUGAUGGGGAAGGGGGUGGUGGCGCUUGGCCAAACGCCGCCGCUGCCACAGCGGUGGCACGACAAGCCAAUUUGGGACCGUUGCUGUUCGAUUGUGCCAUUUGUGCAGUGUUGGGUGAGUUUUGGGUGACAGAUUUGUAG